AUGACCAGCACGGUGGCGGGCAACUUCGUGCAGAACGUCGACGUGCAGGGCAACGCGCACGUCACUACGUCCGGGAUGGCGCUGCACGCGCACCUGGCCAUCUACAAGGUGUGCACGCGGAGCCAGUGCUCCAUUAUGGACUCGUCGCUGGGCUGGACGCCGCUGUCAACGAAUGGCCUUGACGUGCUCUCCUCCAUCAGCGCCCCCGAUGGCGCGCAGUUCAACUAUGACCUCAUCGCCAUCGUCACGUUCUAG